GUCACUAAUGAUAUUGGUGAUAAAACUAACAAAGGUAGAACCCUCCGCAGAUUUAAACCGUAUAAACGCCAUAACAACGCGUCGCAUGGUGGUUCUUAUACAUCUCCACCUUAUGUGUCGACGAAAACCACUUCUUCUACGAAAACCACUAUCAAUACCCCGUCUCGCUAUCGACUACCCAAACAUUAA